AUGAAUACAGAAGUGUUCUUGGAGCUCGCCAGGAACAAUGUUGUGUAAGUUUCCCAGAGGCCCAGAGGUUUUGUUACCUAGUUAUGGUAUUCUAACUACGGUCCUUAUAGUGUGCAAUUUGCCCCAGAUGCAACAUGCUUGGAGUGGAGAUGUCUACCUGCGAGUGCACCUGCGAAGAGAAAGGCAAUAGCAUUGGAGACCAGACAAGCUCGCAACUGUUGUGUAAGUUUCCUAGAGAUCCAGGAUUUUGUUAGCCAGCUACUAACUAUGGACCUUAGUGUGUGCAAUCUGCCCCGGAUGGCACAUGCAUUGGUGGCUUCGUAUGCCAAUAG